ACUGAACGUUCAGCAAAUCUGCAGUGGUUGUAAACCUGCUAGUGGGCGGCUUUCUGACUAAAGCGGAGGACUGAAGAAGAUUAUCUGUCUGUUGUGAGUUAAUAGCAUGCGAAAGAUGCUCACCAUAAUAUCUAACGUUCUGAGGGGCAGCGCCAGCAGGAACGGAGCUGAACUUGUAUCAGAGGGAGCAAGAGUGGUGGUAUCAGCCAGGACCUAUGCGGGAUUCACCCCUCAGGCCACCUUUGACAUUAAGAAAUGUGACUUGCACAAGCUAGAGGAGGGCCCACCUCUGCAGGCCGUGCUUACAAGAGAGGAGGGGCUUCAGUACUACCGCACCAUGCAGACCAUGAGACGCAUGGAACUCAAAGCUGAUCAGCUCUACAAGCAAAAGAUCAUUAGAGGCUUCUGUCACCUCUAUGACGGACAAGAAGCGUGUGCCGUGGGAAUUGAGGCUGGUAUUAAGCUAACUGAUCAUCUUAUCACAGCCUACCGUGCCCAUGGGUACACACUCACAAGAGGGGGCACCGUUCGUGAGAUCAUGGCUGAACUCACAGGUCGUAGAGGAGGUAUUGCAAAAGGAAAAGGAGGAUCUAUGCACAUGUACACUAAACACUUCUAUGGAGGAAAUGGAAUUGUGGGAGCUCAGGUGCCUCUUGGAGCAGGUGUAGCAUUGGCCUGCAAAUACCAGGGAAAUAAUGAGCUGUGUGUCUGUCUCUAUGGUGAUGGUGCUGCAAAUCAGGGUCAGAUCUUUGAGACGUAUAACAUGGCAUCUUUAUGGAAGCUGCCCUGCAUCUUUAUUUGCGAGAAUAACAAAUAUGGGAUGGGUACUUCUGUGGAGAGAGCAGCUGCUAGCACUGACUACUACAAGAGAGGAGAUUUCAUCCCUGGAUUGAGGGUGGAUGGCAUGGAUGUCCUUUGUGUGAGAGAGGCCACCAAAUUUGCUGCUGAUCACUGCAGAUCAGGAAAGGGUCCCAUUCUGAUGGAGCUGCAGACCUAUCGUUACCAUGGACACAGUAUGAGUGACCCAGGAGUCAGUUACCGCACACGUGAGGAGAUCCAGGAGGUGCGCAGUAAGAGUGACCCCAUCUCAAUGCUGAAGGAUCACAUGCUAAGCAACAACAUGGCAAGUGUGGAGGAACUUAAGGAGAUUGAUAUUGAGGUAAGGAAGGAGAUUGAGGAUGGUGCUCAGUUUGCUACCACAGACCCCGAGCCUCCACUGGAGGAUCUUUGCAACCACAUCUUCUACAAUAACCCUCCUUUGGAAGUGCGUGGCACCAACCCCUGGGCCAAGCUUAAGUCCGUCAGCUAAACUAUCUUCCAUCAUGUCCCCUUCUCUUCCUACUAGCUGACCCUCUCCUGUUCAAGCGCACAUCACAACAAUGUACUGUUGCCUCUAGGUUUCAUAGAAACUGUUUUUUGGAAACCUAGCCAGAUCUGUUGGCCACAUUGAGACCUGUUUUCACAUUUAAUCAUUGCCUUGUUGUCUUCAUCAUGAUCAGCCUAGCAUAAUUCCAAUACUGUCUAUUUUAUUGAGUACUUUUUUUUUUUUUUAUCUUACAUGGCAUGUAAUUGGUGAGUGUACAUGGCAGCAUUUGGCUUGUAACUACUGGUGCUUUCCCAGCGACCCCAAUGCCUCUAUUGCUCCAUGCCAACAUUUUACAAACACAUUGCAUCAUUAUGUCACUGUUUUACAGAUAUGCAAACACGCAUAUCUUUCACUCUUUAUUUUGACAAGAGUGUGGUGUUGUAGCCAAAUCACAUCUUUCUUCAAAUUCUUGCAGCCCUAAUUCCUAUUAAACUGAUUGUUAAAGGGGAAAUGUUUAUUAAUACUGAUAAAAUAUAAAUCUAUGUGAUAAUGCAUACAAAAGGCUAAGUGUGUUAUUUAUAGUAUAUAAUGUGAUGGGUUAUUUGAUUCUGUUGUAUCUUGGAAAACAAUCAGUGCCUACAAUAUACAUUUAUAGGUUGGCCCUGAAAGUGUAUAAACUAUAACAAUCUGAAUUUGAAACAAAAACAACUUUAAAUGUGGUUUUAGAAUGGGGAACUGUACAUGGUUUUAGCCUUCCUUUCACUCUCGAUCUUUUAUUUAAAAAUUUUUUUUUUUUUCAUGUAUUUAUUUUUUGGGGGGAAAAGGCUUUUGUUACAAUGUUUCUUGGGAAUAUAAAUUCACAUUCAAGUGUAUCAGUGAAUGUUAAUAGAUGCUUAUUUAAAACCUAUCUGUAGCUGGAGGAUGAUUUGUUGCAGUGGAUGUUAGGAUGCUGUUUAGGUUGUGAAGGGGCAUCAGGGUCACUGGUUAAGCCUUUAUGUCUUGUUGACCAGGAUGAGAGUCAACUAGAUCAGGCAAAUGGAUGUGUUAUCCAAUGUGGUCUUUAUACCAUACAACUAAAAAUAAAUGUUUCCAAUACAAUA